UGUCCUCCUCACUGUCUGUCUACUCUUUACCUCUCCACCACGAACAAAGCAGAGACAUAAGCAUGGAGCUUCCAUCUAUGGAGCUUUACUAUCCACGUCAUCAUCAUCGUCUUCUUCAUCAGGAGCCAAUACCCAAAACCCAUGACCGUACUAUACGGAUAGUCCCGGGUACUGUGACCGUGCAGAGAUGUUGUACUCAGCGAAUUCGAAGACUGGGUUUAUUGAAAACUCGGUCGUUUCUGCUGGAACAGACAGGAGGGAAGAUGGUGGUUGAGCUGGUGGGGGCAUUCAACGAGCUCACAGAGAGGAUGGGGAUGCUCUCCAGCAGUGGGUCCCAGUUACUCUUCAAGGCUCUCAAGCUCUCCAUUCCUCUGCUUCACGCUUUGCCUCUAACCCCAGAUGGUCGUUCCUCGCUCUCCAGGGCCUUGUCUACUUCCCUCCUUCUCGCAGAUCUUCAGAUGGAUGCAGAAGUUAUCUCAGCUGGGAUACUCAGACCAGUUGUGGAGGCUGGUGCAAUUUCGAUUCUUGAUGUUAGAAACCAGAUUGGUACUGGCACUGCCCAUUUAUUGCAUGAAAGCUUGCGGGUCCUGAAGGUCCCUUCUAAAGUUGAUGUCUUGGAUGAUGGCAGUGCUGCUGCGCUGAGAAAGUUCUGCUUGACGUACUAUGAUAUGAGGGCUGUGAUUUUAGAUUUGGUCCUCAGGCUUGACAUGAUGAGACAUCUUGGUUACCUCCCAAGGUAUCAGCAACAAUCGAUUUCUCUAGAGGUUAUGAAGAUUCACGCACCUUUAGCUCACGCUGUUGGGACCAACUGGCUGUCACUGGAGCUGGAGGAUCUCUCGUUUCAGUACUUGUUUCCCCAUUCCUACCUUUAUGUUGAUUCAUGGUUGAAAAGUCAUGAGAGUGGAAGUAAGCCUCUGGUUGAUGUAUACAAGGAACAGCUCUUGCAGUCUUUGAGAGUUGAUCCUUUGUUGGCAGGCAUGGUUGUUGAUGUUUCAGUUGAUGGUCGGUAUAAGAGUCGGUUUAGCACCAUGAAGAAGCUGUUGAAAGAUGGUAGGAAGCCAGAGCAAGUACAUGAUGUGUUAGGAUUGAGAGUCAUUUUGGAGCCUAGGAGUGGCAAAGAUAUGGCAGAAGUAGGGGAAAGCGCCUGUUACAGGACGCGUGAAGUUGUUCGAUCUUUGUGGAAGGAAAUGCCUCAUAGGACAAAAGAUUACAUUGCCAGGCCCAAGACAAAUGGGUACAGGAGUUUACAUAUGGCUGUUGAUGUUAGUGACUGUGGCAAGAGUAGACCAUUGAUGGAAAUACAAAUAAGGACUAAGGAGAUGGACAUGUUGGCAGAUGCUGGAACGGCAUCCCACUCAUUGUACAAGAGUGGUCUUACAGACCCAGAAGAGGCAAAGCGACUCAAGGCCAUAAUGAUGGCUGCAGCUGAAUUUGCGGCAUUGCGUCUUCAAGAUAUUCCAUCCACAAAUCAUGAAGGUAUUGAGAUGGAGCAGAGUCAGAGCGAUCGAGUAUUCCGCCUUCUUGACAAGAAUGGAGAUGGUAGGAUCAAUAUUGAGGAACUUAUGGAGGUGAUGGAAGAGCUUGGUGCCCCAGGGGAAGAUGCUCGUGAGAUGAUGCAGCUCCUUGAUGCAAAUAGUGAUGGUUCACUUAGCUCAGAUGAAUUUGAUUUCUUUCAGAGACAGGUUGAAUUUAUGCGUAAUUUCGAGGACAAAGAUGAGCUGUACAAGACCGUAUUGAAUGAGAAACUUCAAAUUGCCAACAGUAGCAGCUUGAUCCAGGUGUCUGGUGAAGAUCUUAGCAGCAGGCUUGGAAAUUAGAUCUGCUUGCAUCUGGUUAAAGAGAUAUCUGUAGUUACUCUCAUUCACCAUGUAAAUAGAAAUAUUUGAACUGUAUAUACCAAAUUUCUCUUGGAAUGAUGUAAGUUAUUAUUGUUCAGGGGUCUAAUGUUGUAGAACCUGUUGGUUCCUAAAGAAAGAAUAGCCAUAUAUAGUAUCCUAGAUGUGAUGUAUAUGUAAUUAGCUAUCCAACAUGCCAUUCUCUCUCGUGAUUAUAAUAAAGAAUGUAUAGCAUCCUUACUAGCUA